AUGGAUAUGCGCUAUGAUCCAGAUGAGUUUCAUGAAGUCCUAGCCUCGACUAAUGCAGAUCUCCAAAGAAUCCUUAGCAUGCUCCCAACUUUAGAAGAUAUUGUCUACCCAGUCUCAGUGAUUGACGCAAACCCGUCACGCGUGCGCACCCCUUGUCGUAUUGUCGAGUUGCGUGUGCGACAGAGUUCAGAGUUGACAAGAGCCCAAGUGAGAGCUUGGUUAUACAGUUUGACAGUGAAGAUCAUGGAUCUUACCUAUGACUGCGACAAUCUCAAGGUGCAGAUCGCCAGGUUGAUAAAGCGAAUCCUUGAAGAAGGGAAUGAAUCUGAAGAGACGGCCGUGCGCGCAUUUGUCAAUCUUGAAGAAGCCGAAAAGCCAAGAACGGAUAAAUCGGCAGACAUUGAAACAGAUGUACCACCUAUAGAGAGACCUUUGGCUGUGGUAAAUAACGCUCGACCGUCUAUCAGCGAGGCCUUUUGGGUAUCACUUUCUGAACAACAUGAGGAACCCACUACGGAGGUAUAAAA